AUGAUGAUGACUGUUUUGAUAACUGAGGAUCCUGGCAGGUCAAUCGAUGUUUACUUAAGGCCGCUGGUUGAUGAGCUGAAUGAUUUAUGGACAAACGGUGUCCGCGCGUAUGAUAAAUCAACUGGGAAGAUGUUAACUUUGUGGGCAGCAGUUAUGUGGACUGUGAAUGAUUUCCCAGCAUAUGCAAUGGUUUCUGGAUGGAGCACAAAGGGUUAUAUGGCAUGUCCUGUAUGCAAAGAAGAUGUAACUUCUGGUUGGCACGCUGGAAAAAAUUCGACGGGAACAGAGCGUCGCCUCAGACCUAGAGAAUGGUCCGGUGAUGAGAUAUUGGAACAGCUUAACCGUUUGGAUUUUGCUCCGUUCGGGAAAACAGUUAGGCGGAUCAGACCUUCUACACAUAUGAACUGGACGGACAAGCCUAUGUUUUUUGAGCUCCCAUAUUGGUCGAAACUCAAAUUGAGGCACAAUCUAGAUGUGAUGCAUGUUGAGAAAAAUGUAUUCGACACAUUAGUGGGCACGAUUCUAGAUAUUGAGGGCAAGACAAAGGAUACAAUCAAAGCUCGUCUUGCUUUGGAAAGAAUGGCAUACGAAGGGGUUUAUGGAUGA